AUGUCUUCUGCAACAGGACUGCCCGAGCCACCUCCAGGCGAAGACCAUCGUGGCCACGGCCACGGCGAAUUGGAGCCUCUGCUCGGACGGCCUGGUGACGCCCAACAGCCUCCGGGCCAGUUCAUUGCGAAGAACCUCGUUCUUGGCACCGGUGUCGUCGCCCAAUUUGGUGCUGUCAUCUUCGUCGCCAUGAUCUGGGCUGCCGUCCUCACCAAAGAUGUGAUCCUUUUCUCCGGCCACCCGCUGGCCCAAAGUCUCGCCAUCUUCACCCUCAUCCAGUCGAUCCUCUCCCUGCAGCCGACCCAUACACCCGAUCAGAAACGUGUCGGCCAGCGCGUCCACGCUGUCCUGAAUCUGCUGGCGUUCCUUUUCCUCGUCGCCGGUGUCUCGAUUAUCGAGUACAACAAAUUUCUCCAGGGCCCGGACUCCCACUUCCACUCCGUUCAUGGCUACCUCGGCGUCAUCCUAUCCAUCUUUUUAUUGAUCCAGUACGUCGUCGGUUUCACCAUGUGGGCUACCCCCAAGCUUUACGGAGGCGAAGACCGUGCCAAGUCCAUUUGGAAGUACCAUCGCUGGAGCGGCUAUGUCGUGCUCGUCCUGCUCCUGGUCACUGUUGCGACGGCUACUGACACGCCCUACAACGCCAAUGUCCUCAAGUUGAAGUUGUGGGCCGUCAUUGUCACGUCUCUCCUGAUCAUUAUUGGCGUCAUUCCGCGUGUGCAAAAGCAGAAGCUUGGCAUCCCUUCUUAA